CUUCAAUAAUGAUCGGCGCCGCAACCAGGAGUCCGCACUGCCCCAGGGCCACCAGAUACCAAACCGCCUGCGCAACGUGGGAGCCUACAGGCAGGAGUCGAGCCGUGGGCUCCAAGCGGGGUCUAACAUCCCACCCACCUCACAGACAAGAGAUCGGACUCCUAAUGCAGAUGUCUAUCGAAGACCACCACCUGCUUCAGAGACACCCACCUAUGAGAGUCGACAAGCCGAGCCCAGGCAGAUGGCCCAGCAUGCCAGCCAGCAGGAGAACAACCUGAACUUUGACUUCACUGACCAGUACCACCAGGGCUCCGGCAGAGUGGAUCUGGAUGAGGUUCGUCUGCGGCCUGUGCUGACAAGCAGCAGGAGAGCCAGCGUCGUGAGCGAGGGUGUGGUGGAGGUGAAGCUGGAUGGGAGGUGGCGCCAUGUGUGUAGUCUGGGCUGGGAUUUAACAAGUAGCCAGGUGGCUUGUGGCAUGCUGGGAUUCCCUGCAGCAGAACAGCCCGAUGAGCCAACAUACAGGAAAUACUGGGAUACCAAGAUAGCAGACCCCUCUACGAGGCUGAGUGUAAUGGUCACUAAGAAGGGCUACUGGGUGGAGGAGGUCCAGUGUCAAGGUACCGAGCCAUCAGUGACCGACUGUCGGACUCGGCUGUCUAUCCCUCAUAAUGAUGUGCCUUGUGUUGGUGGCAUGCCGGCAGUAGUGCGAUGCGUACCAGGGGCUCAAUUUUCCCGAGCUGCUGGCAGGACAAUAUCUCAACCUGCAACAAAGCAAGAGGUGCGUCUGAAGGCGGGGCCACGAGUGGGCGAGGGGCGCGUGGAGGUGCUGCGGGAGGGCAAGUGGGGGACGGUGUGUGACCACACGUGGGACAUCACAGCUGCAAGCGUUGUGUGUAGGGAGCUGGGCUUUGGCACGGCUAAGGAGGCCCUUAAAGGAGCCCAGAUGGGCCAAGGUACCGGUCCUAUUCACAUGAACAUGGUACAGUGCACUGGCAGAGAGAGCUCCAUCAAACAGUGUCAACACCGUGAGGUCCCUCUCAGGAGCUGCAAACACAGCCAGGAUGUCUCCGUGCGCUGCCAUGUCCCAGGCACAGGCCUGGACACCAAAGUGCGGUUGGCUGGGGGCCGGGACCCUGCGGAGGGCCGUGUGGAGGUUCUGCUGGAGGUGGGGGAGACUCAGCGCUGGGGGGCUGUGUGCAGUGAGAACUGGGGGAUCCGUGAGGCCAUGGUGCUGUGCAGGCAGCUGGGCUUUGGCUUUGCCUCCAGAGCCCAUCAGGAAACUUGGUACUGGCCUGGCAACCCAGAUGCUGGGGAAAUGAUCUUAAGCGGUACACAUUGUAUUGGCACAGAGAUGUCCCUUCAGCAGUGUCGCCGAAAUGCACAUGUGUACUGCCCUAGUGGCAAAGCAGCUGGGGUCACCUGUGCAGAGACGGCCCCUGACCUGGUGGUUGAUGCUCAGCUGGUGCAAGAGUCAGCAUAUCUGGAGGACCGGCCCCUGCACCUCCUCACCUGCGCGCACGAGGAGAACUGUCUCUCCUCCUCUGCUGCCCGCAUGCACUGGCCCUACGGCCACAGGCGCCUCCUGCGGUUCUCCUCGCGCAUCAUGAACCUGGGCCGCGCAGAUUUCAGGCCCCGUUCUCCACGAGAGUCCUGGGUAUGGCAUCAGUGUCACAGGCACUAUCACAGCAUUGAGGUGUUCACACAUUAUGACCUGCUGACCCUAAAUGGCACCCGGGUUGCUGAGGGCCACAAAGCGAGCUUCUGUCUGGAGGACACCUACUGCCCUGAUGGCCUUCAUAAGCGCUUCUCCUGCUACAACAUGGGAGAGCAGGGCAUCACUGUGGGCUGCUGGGACACCUACCGCCAUGACAUCGAUUGCCAGUGGGUUGACAUCACCGACAUCAGACCAGGAGACUACGUACUCCAGGUGGAAGUUAACCCGACCCUUGACAUGGCAGAAUCAGACUUUCAGAAUAAUGUGAUGCGUUGCCGAUGCAGAUAUGAUGGUGCCAGGGUUUUCAUGUACAGCUGUCACGCAGGGGAUGCUUACAGUGCUGAAGUGGAGGACCUCUUUGAACACCAACAGCAGAUCACCAACAACUUUCUAUGAGCUACAUCAGUGUAGGCCUACAAGGUGACAGAACAGGGAGUAAUGAUGCAUCAACUGGAGAGAGGAUCCAAGUUAGACAGCCUUGAAUUGAUACCAAUUUCAAAAACGUACUUGUUCAAUAAUAAACAUGCCCCAGCACCUGGAGCUCUCUAUGAGGCCAUGAGAAAGAGAGGCACACUGCAAAUCAAUAUGUGGAGAAAAGAGAGACCAUGAACUAAAUCAGUCUGUAUUCUAAGAUUCAACUUAUCUUGGAAUGACAGUCAAGUGGAACUCAUCACAUGUUGGGAAUAAUCAUUUCUAUGAAGCUUCUUGAAUCAUAGGGAGGGUUUAAAUAAAAACCUGCAUUCCAUUUCCUCUUAGAGUUUAUUCUUUCCCCAACUUGUAAUCAUCUGCUUAAAACAAUUAAAAACAAGGUACAAAAACUUCCACGGUAUACUGAUAAGCUCCUUUUAGACACACAGUUCUGACAAUGGUUCCAUCUAGAAAGCUUACUGCAUUACGUUUCUGCUUUUAAAGUGUGUGUGUGGGUAUGGAUGUACUGUAUGUGUGUGUGUGUGUGUGUGUGUGUGUGUGUGUGUGUGUGUGUGUGUGUGUGUGUGUCUCUCUCUCUCUCUGCCCAGUGUUGGGAAGUGACGAAAUACAUGUAACAGGAUUACAUAUUUAAAAUUCAAAAUAUGAGUAACUGUAUUUAUAUACAGUUACAAUCUAAAUGGGUGGUAUUCAGAAUAUAAUUACACUUGUCAAAGGGAUUACAUAUAAAAUCAUUAUAAUAUGUAGGCCAAGGCUUUUCAAACUCAAACUCAAAUAUUUGUUUUCCCCACACCAUUUAGUCUAUACAGUACAUCUCUCAGGUGGCGCCUUUCUCUUUCCCUCUCUGUUUAUAUUAUUAGCCUAAAUGAAAAACCUCUCAGGGAAUGUAGAAUGUAAAAUUAGUUUUGCUGUAGGCCAAUAGGGCCUAUCUUCAGCCAGCAUGUUUUAGGCCAGUAUAGGUUCUUGUAUCUUGACAGAGUGAGUGUUCUGCAAAAAGGCAUACAACUCCCCUUGUGCUGUUGAAAUCUGUGUUUGCCUUGUUUGGGAAUUGGUAGCCUUUUAGCCCAUGUGCAGAUAAAACAUCUCUGGUGCACGUUCUUUGACACAAUGACCUUAACAGCACAUAGGCCAAACAGCAAUCCAUCCUCACUGUAAAACAGGUAGUGGGGUUGUUGUUGAAAUUAGCAAUGCGUCUUACAGUUAUGUGAGGUUAGUUGAAGUUUCAUCCAUCGCUAAUAAAAUAGAAUACAAUGCUAAUGUAAUCAAAAGUCAAAUACCUUACUCACUUUCAGUAAUCUAUUAUUCCCAACACGUCUCUGUCUCUCUCUGUGUGUGUGUGUGUGUGUGCGUGUGUGUGUGUGUGAAUGUCUAUAUGCAAGGGGUGUUUGUGCUUGAGUUAUCUAUUUGUAUUUUGUAGCUUGGCACGAUGUUACCAAUGAAUUCUACAGCUCUACUGUCGUAUCACUUCAGUUCACUUUUCCAUUGUCUGCCAUCCACUUCAGACUUACAUACCAGUGAUAACAAAUACCUCCACCAAUAGCAGGUGAAUACUAGGAUACUUUGAAAAUCAAUGUUUGUAAAAUCGUGUACAGUGUAAUACAUAUUUGAUGAUGAUUCAGGUGCAUGUGUCCCGUCAUUGUGCUCCUUUGUCUGUUUGAGCUACUUAAGUCACUUCUGCAGUUUUGCUACAUACGCCAUACACCGUGUAGUCCACUGCAUAUAUAUUGUCAUGUACAGAUUUAUAUGCCCCCUGGAGUAGGCUCCAGUCAGUGUGAAAUUGACAUCUGUAUUCUCUUGUUACGUUGAAGUUUAUUUAAAAAUUGUUCAAAUGGUAACAUUUGUAUAUGUAUGGUUUAUGCUCAAAGUAAUACUUGAAAUAAACUUGUUAUA